AUCACACUGGACACACUUGGGAAGGCAGUGGCAGCUCCACAGACUUUAUUGGGCACUCAGACUUCAUUGGAACCCACAAGAAAUCUUGAUGGACCAACUCCUGAAAGGGAAACUUCCCUGUGUGACAUACAGCCACAGAGAUCAUGCUGGGGUUUGAAACCUAGUCCACGACAAAAAAAUAUGCUGAAAUAUGUCUUGGACCCCAAAAGAAAUCCAGAUGAAACAAUUAUACGAACCCAGUUUACCAAAGUGCAGCAAGUUACCUUGCAACGCAGAUACUUUUUGACUCUGGGCUUGGCACGGGAGUUGGAGGCCACAAUAGCAAAUUGCUGUUUUCAGAUAAUCACCCAAAUAGCACAGUCACAGCAAAAGGAUGUGUAUGCAGUGGAUUGCUACGUGGUACCAACAUGGCUACCACCACAUUGUCCGGAUACCUCAUCUUUCCCCAACGAUUUGGCAAACAAGGAUUUUGUCCUCAUACCUAUUUGGAAACCAGGACACUACAUGCUCUGUGUUUUGAAGCUGAGAAAGAGACAAAUCCUUUUCCCAGACUCCUUAUUCCAUCUGGAAGCCUCAGUUGGCUUUGGCGAUCAACGUUACAUUCAGAUUUGCAGCGAUCUUGCACAGAGGAUUAUCCCAGGAGAAUGGACUGUGAUAUACAGCAAGGACAUCAAAGGUCUCCCAAGACAGGAAGAUGGCAAUGCCUGUGGGAUCUUCAUGUUAAUGUAUGCUCUUUACAUUGUGCUGGGGGCAGAUUUUGACUUCACAACUGGUGACAUGGACACAAUCAGGACAUGGUGGUGCCUGUUGCUCCUGUCUGGUCAUUCAGUUGUCAGGUUCGCACAGAAAAGGAAAUAUGAAGAUCCCAUCAUAAUAGCAGAUAAGGAUAAGGAGGAGGCAAAGAGGCCCAGGACAAUCCCUCCUCAACAGUCGGAACCUGUUGACCUGACCAGAGGGGAUUCUGGAGGGCAUCAAUACUGCGGGAUGUGGGUGGCUGGCUGGGGUUGGAACCUGGGUGGCUGGACGGGGAUUGUGGUGGUGGUGCAGAGCUGGGUUCCUGCAGCAGCGAGCGGGACUCGGCGGCUCCGGGACGACUCGGAGGAUAAAGAGCAGCCUUUGUGA